CGCACAGCUGGAUUUGAGACAGCUGGGUCUGCCUCCCCUUCAGUUUUAGCUAGGAGCCCCACAAGCUCGGAGGAUGAACCGACCGACACUGUGAAGCUGCUGGGAUUCGUUUGCUGGCAGGGACCUGAAAAUGAGUUCCUGGGAAAGCCUUUCUCUGCUUCUGUUGCUGCUGCUGCUGCUGCUGCUCUCAUGCAACAGCCAAGCAGGACGGAAUGUGAAGAGUAAUGUUUGCAAGUGGUGUGAUAACACGCACCCUUUCUGUGAAGAUUGGGUGUGCUACAGCAACUGUGACUUAAGCUCCUACUGUGAAAAACCAGAGGAAAUCUGUGUGUCUAUAUGGAAACAGGAGAAUGAGAGUAUUCGAGUGACCACUCUUUGUCACAACCCAUCUCUCCCUGUGGAAAAUGUAAUGGUUCCCAAGUAUAACACAUCACAGUGUGUGAUGGUCCGUCAACAGUAUGAGCAUGUGAUAUUUUACAUCUGCGGCUGCGUCCAUGAACAAGAGUGCAAUGACAAACUUAUAUUUGAAAAUCAUACCAAUGGGUAUUCUAUGUUGCAAAGCAAAGAAAUAAUUCCUGUGGCAGCCAUCAGCUUGUUGCCUCCUCUGCUAAUUGCCAUCAUGACAACCCUGAUAUUCUAUCUCUGCCGAACCCAUAGACAGAGGAGGAUCACCAAGGAAUGGGCCCAGAAACAAACCCAACAUCACAGGCUGCCUGAGCCAAGCAGAAACACUGGCUAUACAGAAAUACUGUCUGUCAAAAUAGACAGCAGUUCCACGGUGCGCUCAGGCUGCUCUGAUACCGUCAGUUACAACACAGAACUGUUGCCCAUUGAGCUUGAUGAACGAGUGGGGAAAGGGCAGUUUGCUGAGGUCUGGAAAGCAAAACUCAGGAAUACCUCAUCACGCUCUCAGUAUGAAGCUGUGGCAGUUAAAAUUUUCCCUUGUGAAGAGUAUGCCUCCUGGAAAAACGAAAGCCAGAUCUUCAGCGAUGCCAACCUGAACCAUGAGAGCAUCCUCCAAUUCUUCUCGGCAGAAGAGAGGCACUCAGGUCUGCAGAAAGAAUACUGGCUCAUCACAGCCUACCAUGGUCAAGGCAAUCUCAAGGAUUAUCUAUGUAGAAAUAUCCUGACCUGGAAGGACUUGCAAAAGACAGCUGGUUCCCUCGUGAAUGGUGUGGCUCACUUGCACAGUGACUACACUGCCUGUGGUCACCCAAAGAUCCCCAUCGCCCAUCGGGAUAUCAAAAGUACCAACAUCCUAAUGAAAAAUGGGCAGGAAUGUGUGCUCUGUGACUUUGGUAUUGCUUUGAGACUCGAUCCAGCCUUAACGGUGGAAGAGUUUGCUAACAGCGGACAGGUAGGCACUGCCAGAUAUAUGGCUCCUGAAGUUUUAGAAUCCAGAGUGAAUCUUGAAGAUCUGGAGUCCUUCAAACAAAUGGAUGUCUACUCCAUGGCUUUGGUUUUAUGGGAAAUAGCCUCCAGGUGUGAUGUUAUAGGAGAAGUCAAGAGUUAUGAACUGCCAUUUGGAGCAAAGGUUCGAGAGCAACCCUGCAUGGAGGUUAUGAGAGACAUUGUAUUGCAUGGUCGAGGUCGUCCAGAGAUGCCAAGUAACUGGCUGGUGCAUCAGGGCAUGCAUUUUUUGUGUGACACCAUCACAGAAUGCUGGGAUCAUGACCCAGAAGCUAGACUCACGGCCCACUGUGUGGCAGAGCGGUUUAACCUAAUGGCACAAACCAACUGUGAUGAUAUCCUCAACAACAACAGUAUUGACAACGAGGCAAGCAAAAUGAACUCUCCAAGAGACGAAAGCCAGAACAGUGGCAAGAGCAUCCAAUGAACGGAGAAUUAAUAGCAAAACAAAAGCACCAACAAAAAUAUCACUCAACAAAAAGGUAUCCAAACACGUUUAGAUUCCUGGAUGGAUUUUUAAGACCUUUUUUAACACUAGGCAAAAGGCACUUCCAUUAUAUUAAUAUUAUGUACAGCACAGGCUAUCUGUCCUUUUAUAUUUAACUCUCUUUCUUCCUUCUAUCAAUCUGCAUACCCAAAUCUGAUCCAGAAGGUCGAGAGAACUUUUGAAGCAGAUCUGUGACAAGAAUAGGAGGAGAAAGAGAAAAGUAA